UUUUUUUGUGUCAACAUUGUCUGUAUUGUUUAAUAAAAUUUUUUUAAAUUAAAUGUCUGAAUCGGGUAAUGAAAAAUCGCCACAGCAACAAGUGGCAUUAAAAAAACAACUUGGCUUACUAAAUGGUGUUGCCAUUAUUGUUGGUGUUAUUGUUGGUAGUGGAAUAUUUGUUUCACCAAGAGGUGUAUUACAGGAAGCCGGUUCAAUUGGAUUUUCAUUAGUUAUUUGGGUACUUUGUGGUUUAUUAUCGACAAUUGGUGCCGUAUGUUAUGCUGAAUUAGGAACAUCAAUACCAGAAUCUGGUGGUGAUUAUGCAUAUAUUCGUGAAGCAUUUGGACCAUUGCCUUCAUUUUUAUUUCUUUGGGUGGCAUUGCUUAUUAUCAAUCCUUGUAGCAAUGCUAUUGCUGCAAUGACAUUUGCCAAUUAUAUACUACAAUCUAUUUAUCCGGUUUGUGCACCACCACCAAAUGCGGUACGAUUGAUUGCCGCUUCGGUUAUAAUUUUGCUUACAUUCAUCAAUUGUUACAAUGUCAAAUGGGCAACACGCGUACAAAAUUCAUUUACAUUCGCCAAAGUUUUAGCCUUGAUCAUUAUCAUUGUUUGUGGUAUUAUUCAAUUGGUCAAAGGCAAUGAUAGAAAUUUAGCAUAUCCAGCAUCAUUUGAAGGAACAACAACUUCACCCGGUCAUAUUGCAUUAUCAUUUUAUUCUGGUUUAUUUUCAUAUGCCGGUUGGAAUUAUCUGAAUUUUGUUACAGAAGAAUUAAAAAGUCCAUCGAAAAAUUUACCAAGAGCUAUCUAUAUAUCAUUACCAUUAGUUACAAUCAUUUAUCUAUUGGCAAAUAUAUCUUAUUUUACUGUAUUAACACCACAUGAAUUGCUUACAUCGAAUGCUGUUGCCGUAACAUUUGGUGAUCGUGUUUUAGGAUCAUUUUCAUGGAUAAUGCCAUUUUCAGUUGCAAUGUCAACAUUUGGUGGUCUAAAUGGUGGAAUAUUUGCAUCUUCAAGAUUAUUUUUUGUAGGAGCACGUUAUGGUCAUUUACCAAAAAGUUUAUCAAUGAUCAAUCUAAAAUGUUAUACACCAAUUCCUAGUCUAAUAUUUUUGGGUGUAUUAUCGUUGUUAUAUUUAACAACAACACAGGUUUAUACAUUAAUCAAUUAUACAGCAUUUAUUGAAUCAUUAGCUGUUGCUGCAUCAGUUGGUGCAUUAUUAUGGCUACGAUGGAAACGACCAGAAAUGGAACGUCCAAUCAAAGUGAACAUUUUGUUACCGAUAUUAUUUUUUAUUACCUGUAUAUUUCUUGUUAUUCUUCCGUUUUAUGUGAGUCCAUAUGAAACUGGUAUCGGUGCAUUAAUUACAUUAAGUGGCAUUCCAAUAUAUCUGGUUACAGUUGCAUGGAAACGUAAACCUAGAACCUAUCAACGACUUAUCGAAUCAUUCACAAUGUUUAUUCAAAAAUUGUUCCAUUGUGCUCAAGAAGACAAAAUAUUUUGAAUUUGAAUGGAUUUUUUUUGUUUUUGUUGCAACUAUUUCAACAAACGAAACAUUUUAUAUAUUCGAAUAUCUAUAUUCUAUUUUAUAAAAA